CUCCAGCCACCGAACGAACGCACCGCGCAGUUUGAGAAAAUGAUCCCGAACACACUCAGAGCCCUUCUCGAACGCUUGCAGCCACCGCAUAAAGACGAUCUGUGUGACGUGUGCCAGCUAAAAGGCAUUGAAACGCCACUCCCUAAUUUCAGCGCUCGCUUCUCGUGCGAAGAUUGCAUUCCGAGCCCCGCUUUCUGCACAGAAUGCGUCAAGAAAUGGCACCACUUCACACCGUUCCAUCGCCUGCUCGAAUGGAAGACACAGAAACAAACCUGGCUGAAUACAACACUAUGCAACUUGGGCGAUAUCAUCGUCAUCGGGCACCCUGACGGCAGCAAAUGCGCAGCCACGUCGCAAGAGACGCCGCUCACCAUCAUCCACGAGCACGGGUUCUGCGUCGAUUACAAGGUCUGCUACUGCAAAUGCAGGGGCGGGGCAGAAACGCUUCAACGACCUCUUCGUCUGCUGGAACAUGGUAUAUUCCCAGGAUCGUGGUCCAACAAUGUUGGCACCGCAUACACCCUCAACGCGUUAAAGAUUCUCGACGCGAAUCUCGUUCAAGCCCAGUCCAGCAUGCACGAUCUCUUCAUUGUGCUCACACGUUUGACGGACGAGAUCGCAAGAUUGGACACUCUCGACCGCGCAAGGCAACUCUUGACCGCGAUGCGAGAAUACAACUUCCUUAUGACGUGCAUGCGGCACGGGGUGGUACCAGAGGCCGGGAAACCUCUGGAGAGGAACACGUUGGCGUUGGCGUGCCCUCUGUGCCCACAGCCGGGCAUCAAUAUGCGUCCAGGUUACCAAAACAGGGAUAAAAAAUACCAGUGCGUGCUUCGUACUUGCGGGAGAACACCGCUAACAUCCAGGGCCAGAUACCUCGACACACCGUACAUCAGGAAAACCCCCACUUGCUAA